AUGGUUCGUUAUACACGCUCUUCUACUGCUUUUCGAAAAAGGUCUUUUCGCAAGUCUACUCGUAGAAGUACUCGUCGCACUCGACGGCCUCGCUCUUAUGUUAAGAAGACUACUUAUCGGAAAAGGGCUCUUCAGAGUGCUGACACCAAGUUACUUAAGUUUAAGUGUACUAACUUGUUUUCAGUCUGUGUGUCACCUUCUGGUAAGGUAGGUGAAACUAGUCAUGUAAAUACUGCUGGUGUGACUGCUCAACCAUUGUUUCAUACACUUUUUAAUUCUAAAGAAUUCAUCACUAAGUGUAAAGAGUUUGAGCAGUGGAAGUUGAAUGGUGCUCGUGUGAAGAUUCUUCCCACUACUUCUCAGACUGAUAAUACUCUGAAUAGUCUUCAUUAUGUAACUACCGCAUGGGAUCGUGAUGGAAUAGAAGCGAAUAAAAUUCCCGAUUAUUCCCAUCUUUGUCGCCUGUCAUCCAAGAUUACUAGACAGUGUAAUUUGAAUGCGACUACUUUUUCUACUCUUAGAUUUAUUCAGGCUCUUUCUCCACAAGAGAAGAAUACUUAUGCUCGUACUGACCCACUUACUUCUUCUGAUGAAAAAGAAAAUAUCCAAUCAUUAUUAACUAAAUUAAGUACAGAGUCUGAUACACACUUGUGGAAUCCUGUUUUUCUAAUGGGUAUUCUUUGUAUGCAGAGUGGUGCAGUUUCUGCUGAUGCUUAUAAAAGCGCUUCUGAUGUGAAUACUAAUAUUUUAAUUCCUAACCCAUCAACUGGGAUCCAAUCAUUUAAUUUCAUACUUGAGUGGGAGUUUAAUGUGUCUUUCAAGGGAAGUCAUGCUCAAGAAGAUCCACUUCCUAUGACUGCACCCCAUUUGUUGAUGCUUCCUACAGCUAAUGUUCUUACACAGACUUCUGCUGAUAUUGUCAAGCCUGUUGCUCAACCCGUUGUUCUACCUCAAGUUGCUCCAGAAUUUUGUAGUUUGUAUAUUAAUAACUUUAAAUACAUUUCUACUGCAAAAAAUGAAUAUACUAUUCCUUCGAAUGCUUGUAUGGCAAAAUCUUAUGCUGCUGGUUCAGUUGUUACUGUUAAUUUCUCAGCUAUAUAUACACUUGCUGUUGUUUUUACUGCUGAAGGAGUUUAUGUCAUACUACUCUUACUUCUCUUUGGUAUAUGUGCCAUAUGGAUUUAG